AUGUCCAUGCUAUCUAUCCGAGAAAAAAAGGACAAGCUCAUACGAGCAACCGACUUAGAUGCCCUCAGCUGUCGCCAUUGCGCCAAUCAAAAGGGCUAUUUUGUUCCUACAGAUACUUAUAUUCAAGAUAUGCUCGACUCCUAUGAGCAAAAUCUUCCAUUCUGUCACGGUUACACGGCAUUAUCUGCUGGUAGAGCAUUGAGGUCUCUUUUCAAUGACCCAAAAUAUCCAUUGAUCAACAGAGGUACUUACUUCCGCACAAAACUGAUCAACACCGUUGUUGAGCGCUUCAUCAGCUCCUAUGAGAAAUGUCAGAUCGUGUCUCUAGGAGGUGGUUCUGAUACAAGGGCUUUUCGUGUGCUAGAGGAGCACGGAAGCAGGGUGAAGUACAUGGAGAUUGACUUUGCCGAACUGGUGAAAAUCAAAAAGUGGGCUAUCAUGCACAGUCCAGUGCUUCUGAAGAUAGUUGGCCUGGAGUUGCAGUCGCUCACAGUGAAAGAUAAACAAUCCUUCAUUGAUAUGGAACCCGAGCUCCAUACCCCGAAUUAUGAUUUAGUGGCCCUUGAUCUACGUGAAAUUGACGAUUCCGGCGAUGAAGCCAUUCUAGCUCACUUGAAUGAUGACCUUCCGACAUUGGUGAUCAGUGAGUGCGUUCUAUGUUACUUGACACCUGAGGAUAAUGAAAAAAUAGUUGGUUUUUGGCGAAAAAAACUUACAAAUGUGGCAAUUUUGAUGUAUGAGCCCAUGGGGCUUGGUGAUACGUUUGGACUGACAAUGGAGCAGAAUCUAAUUAAUCGAGGUAUUGAUCUCUACACUUUUCAAAAGUAUCCCGAUCUUAGAUCCAGAGAAUCCUUCUUCAAAAAUGUGUUGCAUUUCCAGGUCGUCAAAGCGACUGAUUUGGCGGAGAUUGGUGGCUACACCUCCAAUGAUCUUUCUUGGUUGCUGAGUGAUGAAGUUACUCGAGUUAACAGGAUCGAAAUGAUUGACGAAGUCGAGGAGAUUUCUCUUCUUCUUCGACAUUACUGUCUCAUUUAUGCGCAAAGUGGCGACAUUGCAGCGCAAAUUCUGAGUCUUAAAUGGCUUUUUUGA